ACGACAUUUACGCGCUAAACUUUGGAGAACGGAUGUGUAUACUCGCAGCCGUAAGUGUGAAAGAGAAGGCUUGGAGUGUGACUAGUUGGUUAUAGCAACGUAUAAAAGGGAAACAAGAACCUCUUGGUUUGUCCAAUCGUGUACAGUUAUUCACUUAAAAAUCAAACAUGGGAUUGCUGAAACAGUGCCAGGAGCUCUUUAAGACGUCAAAUCUCUAUGAGGUUAUUGGUGUCACAAAGGAUGCGUCUGAGGCCGAGGUAAGACGCGGCUACUAUAAAAUUUCGCUCACGGUCCAUCCAGACAGAGCACCUGAAGACGAACAAGCCACUGUAAAAUUCCAGGCUCUUGGGAAGGUCUACGCUGUGCUGAGUGAUAAAGACCAAAGAGCUAUUUACGACGAGCAGGGCAUCGUUGAUGAAGAGUCAGAUUCAAUUGACCAAAACCGUAACUGGGAAGAAUACUGGAGAACAAUGUUCCCAAAGAUCACACUGCAGGACAUCCUGGACUUUGAGAAGUCCUACAAAUACACAGACGAAGAGAAGCAGGAUCUGAAGCGUGUGUACGAGGAGAGCCAGGGAGACAUGAACAAGAUCAUGGAGUCAGUGCUCUGUGCCACCCAGGAGGACGAGGGACGUUUCCGAGACAUCCUGCAGGGUGCCAUAGACGCAGGAGAGCUAACCGCCUACAAGGGCUUCACACACGAGAGUGCCACAAAAAAGAAGAGCCGCAAGCGCAAGGCUCAGAAGGAAGAGAAGGAGGCAGAGCAGAUGCAGAAGGAGAUGGGGAUGACCAGUGAAAGCAGUCUGGUUGCCAUGAUACAGAGGAAACAACAGGCCAACCAGACAGAGUUCAACUAUUUGAUAGCCAACCUGGAGGAUAAGUACUGUAAGAAGACGCCCCGUGCCUCCACAGCGAAGAAGGGAAAGAAGUGAGUCCUCCCUGCCUAGAGACUCUGACCAGCACGGCCACGUUGCCCCUUGCAGUUUUUGAUUAAAUAUGUUAACAUUAAAACGUUCGGCACAAAAAGAUUUGAUCUGGAUGAGUGUGUAAAGGAAUGGAUAGGUCAGUGUGAAAUGUGAGGGAAUGAUAACCCCCAUGUUGAUCUGAUCUGUUUAGGUCUAGAUGUUUGAUAUUGAGCAACGAGUACCAUAAAGAUUCUGCUUUUCAUGCAGUGUUUGUAGAAACCCGAAUUCCUCUUUGGUGGGCUGUAUACAGAGAUAUACAGUUGUAACACUGAAAUAAGAUGUUCUAAAAGGUAAAAUGAGCAUUUUGUUACUUUGAUGUGUACCGUGUCACCCUGAUGUGUACCUUGUCACCCUAUCUUAAUGUCCAAGUGGUCCCACAACUAAGUAGACUGUAUAGGCUUGAUAUUGGGACGUAAUGUUGUAAAAUUGUAUGUAUUUCUUUUGUUUGCACCUCUGUGUUGUGUAUGUUUUGAUUAGAGUGACUACUUUUGGAUAAAACCUCAAAAAACACUUUCA